UUCUAAAUUGUCCGGUGGAUAUUGUUUUUUGUGUGAAUGUCGUAUUCGUGUGCUUCGUGUGGUUACAUUUCUUCAACUCUAGUUUAUACUUGUGGUAAGAGAAAGUUUCAAAUACAAGUUGAUAAAAGGAAUAUAUAUCAAAAAUGGAGACUUCAUAAGAAUAAAAAGCAAAGUUGGGUGACUCUCUCAACAUUGUCUCAUUCUUCUGUGGAAGUGAAACCAACAUCCCACGAAGCUGAAAGAAAAGAAUAUAGUUGGGAUAGACAAGCCUGGUUACGUGGUUGGGAAAACCAGGAGAAAGAGAUAAAUAUUGAAAUAGACUUGGAGAAUAAUGAACAAAAUGGAGUGACUGGUGAAUUACCUGUGGAUAUAAGAGGAACUCUAUUUAGAGUGGGUCCUGCUCGAUUUCGAGUUGGUUCAGAUAUCGUUCGUCAUCCUUGGGAUGGAGAUGGAAUGGUGGCAGCUAUCACUUUUGACCAAAAAAAGAUAUGGUUUCGCAAUAGAUUUGUGAGGACAAAAGGAUACAUGAAGGAGUCUGCUGCAAAUAGAAUCUUGUUUAGAGGAACUUUUGGAACUCAAAUUCCAGGUGGUUGGUUGAAGAAUGUAUUGAAUAUCCAAAUGAAAAAUGUGGCCAAUACAAAUGUGUUACUAUGGAAUAGAAGACUAUGGGCUCUAUGGGAAGGUGGACUACCCUAUGAACUGGACCCAGGAAAUUUGAUAACUUUGGGUGAAAAGAGAUUCGAUACAUCUAUCAUGUCCAAUUUUACAGCGCAUCCUAAAAUAGAAACGGAUACCGGACGCUUGAUUGGUUUUUCUAGUCAAUUGGGUGUUCAAAGUUCUCAACUGACAUUUUACGAAUGGGAUGAAAACUUUACUUUGUUGAGUCAAAGAAAAGUUCGUAUUCCUGGUUUCGGUUUUUAUCAUGAUUUCGCUAUCACGCCCCAUUAUUAUAUCCUGUUUCAAGGGCCAAUCGAUUUCACACCUUGGAAAUUUGUAUUAGGGUUAUGUUCGGCAGCCGAAUGCAUGAGCUUCCGAAAGGAGAGACCUGCUAAACUGUUUCUAGUUCCACGUCAUUCAAGUGCGCCUGUCAAAGAACUCCAUGUCAAAAGUGGCUUUGUAUUUCACUUUGCCAAUGCUUUUGAGGAAGAACAAGAGAUGAAUAUCGAUGUGGUUCGAGUACCUGAUUUGUUCUUGGGAGGAAUCAGUGAAGCAAAGAACAAAAGCGUAGUGGAGCAAAUAGACUAUGAAAGCCAAGUUCCCCGAUCUUGCUUGUAUAGAUAUCGAGUUGAUUUAUCAGGCAAUGGUAAAUGUAUUGAAGAGAGUCUUAUUUUGGAUAGACAAGUUGAAUUUCCUAUUGUACAUCCCAAUUGUAUUGGAAAACGGCAUCAUAUCAUUUAUGUCGGUAUCAAUGCAGGUCAACGAGUUUCACCUAUUCAAGGAGUUGCAAAGGUUAAUCUUGUCGAUGGAGCAGUCGAUAUGUGGAUUCCCAAGCCUUUUGAAUUUGCUGUAGAACCUAUAUUUAUUCCUAAAGAAGGAUUCUCGUCGAAGAGAGAGUUGAGCUCUGAAGAUGAAGGAUAUCUUAUCACUUUGGUGUAUGAUGGUAAACGGAACCGCUCUUAUUAUGCCAUUUUAGAUGCUCAGCGAGUUCAAAAUGGCCCUAUUUGUACGAUUCAGUUGCCUAUUGCCAUUCCACAUGGACUUCAUGGCAUGUGGAGUGAUGAGCUAUUUUCCAAAAAGGAAGCCAAACAAUCAAGUACAUAUGAAAUAUUUUAUUCCAAGAAGUGGAAUACCUUUCAGUCCGAUUUUCCAAUGCUCUAAGAACACAGGGGUUAUUGUAGUUAUGCUGGGUGAAUAAAGGGUUGGUCGCCUCCCGUAGUAAAGGGAUGCAGAACAGGUUCUCCUUGCAACAAUUCAACACAAUGAGACACAGUGGGUAAAACAACUUCCAAACACUCACGAACUCCCCUACUAGACCCAGGUAAAUUGACUAUGAGUGUCUUAUUCCGGAUACCUGCCUGUUGUCUGGAAAGUAUAGCUGUCACAACUCCUCUUUCUCUCGACACAUUUCUCAUAGCUUCACCAUAACCUGGCAAAAGUUUAUCACAAACUGCAACAGUAGCUUCUGGAGUCACAUCUCUAGGUGCAGGUCCAGUGCCACCCGUAGUAAAAACAACACAACACCGACACUCAUCACAAAGAUAUCGUAACUUUUCUUCAAUUUGUAGUUUUUCAUCAGCAACUGCCAUACGAAUAAACUCAAGCUCAUCAUAAAAAUACAGUGAUAAAGUUUGUUCUAUAGCU